AGAGAGUUGUGAGAGCGCAAAGGGCCGGAGACUCAACUCAGUACCAUAUCCUGCGAGGGGAUGAAUUUUGCGGUGGGUUUCAAGCCUUUGGCCGGAGACACCCAGACCAUGGACAACCUGGAGAAGCAGCUCAUCUGCCCCAUCUGCCUGGAGAUGUUCACCAAACCUGUGGUGAUCCUGCCCUGCCAACACAACCUGUGCCGAAAAUGUGCCAAUGAUAUAUUCCAGGCCUCUAAUCCUCUAUGGCAGUCCCGUGGUUCCAGCACAGUCUCCUCUGGGGGGCGUUUUCGUUGCCCUUCGUGCCGCCAUGAGGUGGUGCUGGACAGACACGGGGUGUACGGGCUUCAGAGGAACCUACUGGUGGAAAAUAUCAUUGACAUUUACAAACAAGAGUCAAGCAGGCCCAUGAACCCCAAAUCUGAGCAGCACCUCAUGUGUGAAGAGCACGAGGAUGAGAAGAUUAACAUCUACUGCCUGAGCUGCGAGGUCCCUACCUGCUCCAUGUGCAAAGUCUUUGGGGCCCACAAGGACUGUGAGGUGGCCCCUCUUUCCAGCAUCUACAAAAGGCAGAAGAGUGAGCUGAGUGACGGCAUUGCCAUGCUAGUGGGAGGAAAUGACCGGAUCCAGGCAGUCAUCACUCAGAUAGAGGAGAUCUGCAAGAGCAUCGAGGAUAACAGCCGCCGCCAGAAGCAGCUCCUCAGCCAACGAUUCGACUCUCUCUACAACAUCCUGGAGGAGCGCAAGAAGGAACUGCUGCAAAUGGUUACUAGGCAACAGGAGGAGAAGCUGCAGUGUGUGCGGGGGCUCAUCCGCCAACAUGGGGACCACCUGGAGGUCACCUCCAAACUAGUCGAGUCUUCAAUUCAGUCCAUGGAGGAGCCACAAAUGGCAGCCUUCCUGCAGAAUGCUAAGGAGCUGAUUAAGAAAAUCUCAGACAUGUCCAAGGUCUCCACCAUUGAGCGCCCUGAGCCCGGAUAUGAGAACAUGGAGCAUUUCUCUGUCAAUGUGGAUUACGUCUCCGAGAUGCUCCGGACCAUCGAUUUCCACUCAGGUGCCUCAGGGGAGGAAGAAGAAGAAGCUGAUACAGAAGAGACAGAGACUGCUGGGGAGGAGGAUAGGACAGAAGCUACAGAAGGCCACUGAUGAUCCCGUGUGUGUGUUUGUGUGUGUUGCACGCAAUAGAGAUCUUUUCACACUCACCCUCAAUAAAUGGCUGAAGAUCCCCCCGACUGCUGGAAGCCCCUGUUGGUGCAGGAGCAGUGAGAGUGAAGUGUUUGGGCAGGGGGGCACGGGGGUUACACACUCACCCUGGGUCCCAAUAUCAGUAAAUAGGGGAAUUGGAGGAGGCGGCACAGCCAUUAGGGGAAGAACUGUGUGGCCCCCGUUGCUUCCUGGACCCUAAAAUCAAUGUCACUGCUGCACAGAGAGGGCUGAACCUUAUUGCACAGGGGUGGGUGUCGGAGACCUCGCAUUACUGGUUCAGUCCUUCAGUUUUAUAUUCCCUCUCCACAUUUGACUCCAAAUAAAAUUUUUCUCUUCCCAAA